CGAAAUUAUUCUCACCUUCGCGCCUGACGCAAGGUCUAUUCCUGGCAAUGGGUACAAAACCGAUAUAUAACGCAUAUCCUGCUAUUAAAAUAUUAUUUCAGAAAAAAAUGGGACGGGGAUUUCAGCGCCAUUAUGGAAGGUGGAGCUAAUUGCGUGUGUCGAUUCGCAAUGCAGAUUAUAAAAUAAAAUGUAACACAAAACUAUUGUACACAUGUCCGCAAAUCAGUUUAAUGUUAAACACGAAAAUGACAAUGUCAAUUAUUGGUGUCGUUCUUGCAUUACUUGCCAGUACUGCUAAAACUCAAAGAACGUUUUCUUGUGUGCUACCAUCACUUUGCAAAGAUGGUGGCACCAUUGAUCCUCGUAUACUAAUACCAGGUACAAGCAACCCAGUUGUCAACAUAGUGGUACCAACGACCUCAGGCAAUCUCGAAAGCUGCCCUGCGGGUUACAUCCAAUGUACAAACGUCGCUUGUGGAACACCGAGUGUUCAACCAGCUACUACAGAUGGCUUUGCUACACAAAAUGCCUUCCCAUGGCAAGUUUUUCUACGGAACAAUCUUAAUUUGGGCGUGAAAAACGGUUACGUGGGUGGCGGUGCGUUACUUAGUCAGUACUACGUCCUGACGGCCGCCCAUAAGAUAACGAAUUUAACCAGUGUUAGCGUAAUUCUCGGUGCUUAUUCUACUUCAAACUUGGCCGGAACUCAAACCUCGCAAGUCAGUGGCGCGUGGAUUCACUCAAAUUAUAAUCAACAAACGCUCAAGAACGACAUAGCGGUCCUGCAGUUGGCUACGCCCAUGAAUAUCGGAGGUAAUACCGGGAUAGUAUGCCUACCACCAGCAGGGCAGAGUUUCAUAGGUUAUUCGAGUGCUAGUUGCAUCGUAUCAGGUUGGGGUCAGACCAAUUUUAGCACAGACGAUGCCCCAACCCAGACCUUGAAGCAAGUGCACGUUCCCAUAGUGACCAACGAACAAUGCAGAACAUCUUAUCUGAACCCCUCACUCCUGGGCAAUAACGCCGAUCUGUACUUAGAUUUUCCUAACGAGAUCUGUGCCGGCGGCGGUGCUAACCAAGAUGCUUGCACGCAAGACGGAGGUUCACCGUUGGUCUGCAAGAACGCCAACACCAACGACUUUAGUUUGGUCGGCCUGGUGAUUUGGGGUAAAAAUUGCGGAUUGGCGGGCGUUUAUGGAGUUUACGUCAGCGUUCCGGCCUACCUCACUUGGAUACAAUGUGCGAUGGCGUGUAGUAGAGGGACCACCACAUGCUCCACAUGUCCGGCCACUAGAUUUCUUUAAAUUAUUGUAGGAAAAAAAAAUAAAGUGUGGAAUAAUCACAACUUCUAGUUCAGUAAUUACGCAUGCGCGCGAACCACGUAGAGGGAGGUCUAUUUACCUUUAGAAUGAUUAACGUUCCAUGAAACCUAAAUUUAUGUCUAACUACGUAGUACGAACGGUGAGAUCAAAUCCGCGAUAACCGCGACCCCUCGUUUUGGUUUAC